CCGCGCUGCCGGGACCCCGGGCCGGUGCCUUUCUGCCCCCCCGGGGGCGGGCCCGGGCCGGGCGGGGCGGGGCCAGGGCGGCAUUUAGGGCUUGGGCAACCGGGGCUGCUCAGACUUGCUCGGGACUUCCCCGGCCGCGUCCGUGCGCUCCGCCGUCCCGGGCCCCGACGGCUCCCGGGCCCGGUGGCGGACAUGCUGGCCCUGCUCCUGCUCUGGCUGCGCCUUCUCCGCGCCGAGCCGCUGGCCUAUCCUGCAGUCAUUUCCCCCCAGGACCCCACGCUGCUCAUCGGCUCCUCGCUCACCGCCACGUGCACCGUGAGCGCCGACUCGCGCCUCCGAGCCGAGGACCUGUACUGGACGCUCAACGGCCGGCGCCUGCCCGCCGCCUCCUACGCGGCCCUGGGCGCCACGACGCUCAGCGUGGCCCUCGCCCGCCUCAACGGCUCCAGGCAGCAGUCCGGCGACAACCUCGUCUGCCACAGCCGCGACGGCGGCAUCCUGGCCGGCUCCUGCCUCUACGUCGGACUGCCCCCCGAGAAGCCGGUGAACAUCACCUGCUGGUCCAAGAACAUGAAGGACCUCACCUGCAAGUGGGCGCCGGGCACGGAGGGGGAGACCUUCCUGCACACCAACUACACCCUCAAGUACAAGCUCAGGUGGUACGGCCGCGACAACACGUGCCAGGAGUAUCACACGGCCGGGCCCUACUCCUGCCACAUCCCCAAGGACCUGGCCCUCUUCACGCCCUACGAGAUCUGGGUGGAGGCGUCCAACCGCCUGGGGGUGGCCGUGUCCGACGUCGUCAUGCUGGACAUCCUCGACGUGGUCACCACGGACCCGCCGGCGGACGUGCACGUGAGCCGCGUGGGCGACCUGGAGGACCAGCUGAGCGUGCGCUGGAGCUCGCCCCCGGCGCUCAAGGAUUUCCUCUUCCAAGCCAAGUACCAGAUCCAGUACCGCGUGGAGGACAGCUCGGAGUGGAAGGUGGUGGACGACGUGGGCAACCAGACGUCGUGCCGCCUGGCCGGCCUCCGGCCCGGCACCGUCUACUUCGUCCAAGUGCGCUGUAACCCCUUCGGCAUCUACGGCUCCAAGAAAGCCGGCAUCUGGAGCGACUGGAGCAACCCCACGGCUGCCUCCACCCCCCGGAGCGAGCGGGCGGCGGGCGGCUGCGAGCCCAAGGGUGGCGAGCAGAACACGACGCUGCGGCGGGAGCUCAAGCAGUUCUUCGGCUGGGUGAAGAAGCACGCCUACGGCUGCUCCAACCUCAGCAUCAAGCUCUACGACCAGUGGCGCGUGUGGCUGCAGAAAUCGCACAAAACACGGAACCAGGUAGGUGCUACCCGGCGAUAAGUUGUAGCCCCCGCGGGACCGAGCGCCGGCAGGACGGCAGGCGGCGGCGGCGGCGCCCGCCCGGGGCCCCCCGCGUCCUCGCCGGGG